GUCUCCUACUUGCGGAUGAGCAACAAGAUUCGCUCCUGCCGCGCACACUUUCCAAGGACUCGAUGCUUGAGGGAAACAACUACUACGAGCGCUAUGUCGCGAAACAGGCUGCUCCGGUUGUGGAGAAGCAGACGGAGGCAGGCGCUAGAAGAGGUGGAAACAAUAAUUUGCGACAACUACCGCCUGGUGUGA